AUGUCUGGGUCUGAUAAAUUGCCUAGUCUAGUCAUUGGCAAAUCUAUAAAUCGUCGUUUUAAAAAUGUUAAAUCAUUACCUACCGAGUAUGUCGCCAACAAAAAGGCUUGGAUGACUUCAACAUUUUUCAUAAAUUGGCUUCAUCAAGUUGAUAAACAAAUGAAUAAAAGGAAGAGACGUAUAUUUAUGAUAGUGGACAAUCGUCAACCUCAUCCUCAUGUUCCUGGUUUAAAGUCAAUUAAAUUGGUAUUUUUACCACCAAACACUACUAGUGUAACUCAACCAAUGGAUCAAGGUGUAAUAAGAAAUUUAAAACUUCACUAUCGUAAAUAA